AUGGGUCAAGGAGUCUCUUCAGGACAAGAUAAAAAGAAGAAGAAAGAUAAUCAAAAGCCAAAAUAUGAACCUCCGGUUCAAGCAAAAUUUGGACGUAAGAAGAGAAAAGGUGGUCCUGCCACAGCUGAAAAGUUACCAAAUAUUUCUCCCACCACGCGUUGUAAAUUAAAGCUAUUGAGAAUGGAAAGAAUUAAAGAUCAUUUGCUGUUAGAAGAAGAGUUUGUAUCGAACUCUGAGAUCUUAAAACCUUUUGAAAAGAAGCAAGAAGAUGAAAAGAAACAAUUACAAGAAAUAAGAGGAAACCCACUAAGUAUUGGUACCUUGGAAGAAAUCAUUGAUGAUGAUCACGCCAUCGUGACGAGUCCAACCAUGCCAGAUUAUUAUGUUUCGAUUUUAUCAUUUGUCGACAAAGAACUGUUGGAGCCUGGCUGUUCCGUUUUACUUCAUCACAAGACUAUGUCAAUUGUUGGCGUACUUCAAGAUGAUGCCGAUCCAAUGGUUUCUGUAAUGAAAAUCGAUAAAUCACCUACCGAGUCGUAUAGUGACAUCGGUGGUUUAGAAUCGCAAAUUCAAGAAAUAAAGGAAUCAGUUGAAUUACCAUUGACGCAUCCAGAAUUGUACGAAGAAAUGGGUAUCAAGCCACCUAAGGGUGUUAUUCUUUAUGGUGCACCAGGUACGGGUAAAACCUUGUUGGCCAAGGCCGUUGCAAAUCAGACAUCAGCCACUUUCUUAAGAAUUGUGGGUUCAGAAUUGAUUCAAAAGUAUCUUGGUGAUGGUCCAAGGCUCUGUAGGCAGAUAUUCAAAGUUGCUGCAGAAAAUGCACCAAGUAUUGUUUUUAUAGAUGAAAUUGAUGCAAUUGGUACUAAGAGAUACGAUUCAAAUAGUGGUGGUGAGAGAGAAAUUCAAAGAACUAUGUUAGAAUUACUGAAUCAACUAGAUGGUUUCGAUGAUAGGGGUGAUGUUAAAGUUAUUAUGGCCACAAAUAAAAUUGAAACUUUAGAUCCUGCAUUGAUUAGACCUGGUAGAAUUGACCGUAAGAUACUUUUCGAAAAUCCAGAUUUAUCUACAAAGAGAAAAAUUCUCGGAAUUCAUACCUCUAAAAUGAAUCUAAGCUCAGAUGUAGACUUGGAAAAACUAGUGACCAGUAAAGAUGACUUAUCUGGUGCCGAUAUUCAAGCAAUGUGUACAGAGGCAGGUUUACUUGCGCUAAGAGAAAGAAGAAUGCAAGUAACGUCUGAGGAUUUUGAACAAGCAAAGGAAAGAGUAUUAAAGAACAAGGUUGAAGAGAACUUAGAAGGUCUAUACUUAUAA